AUGAUCUCGCGUCCCCUACACCGACUUCUAGGGCACCGACAAUUCGUUUCAUACUUCCACACAAGCCCAUCAUACUUGGCCUCGCGUAAGGUCAUCCAGAAGUUCAAGCUCGCCGACAUUGGGGAGGGCAUCACCGAGUGCGAGAUCGUCAAGUGGAGUAUCAAGCCACAGUCGACGGUACAGGCUUUUGACCCGCUCUGUGAAGUCCAGAGCGACAAAGCGAGCGUGGAGAUCACGAGCCCGUAUGAUGGUGUGGUGAAAGAGCUCCUCGUUCAGGAGGGCGAAGUUGCGAAAGUUGGUUCGGGGCUUUGCCUCAUCGAGGUUGACGAGGAAGUGGUCGAUGACGCACAAGAGUCGUCUCUUGAACCCUUCGAACAAUCUUUGAAGACGGCUGAAGAGAAAUGGCCUUCAUCUUCGUCGACGAACGCAACGAGUGCAUCACGUCGACUGCAUCCACUAGAUCCGAACAACCACACAGCGGGAAAGGUUUCGAAUGCAGACAAAAUUUUCUGCGCCCCUUCUGUGCGCCACUUUGCUCGCCAGCAAGGCGUCGACCUCGGAUUGCUGGUCCCUGGGAGUGGGAAGGACGGACGGAUUGAGAAACGGGACGUAGAGGCUUAUCUCGCCGGCGGACGCGACUCUGCCCCACAGGAAGCACCUGUAGCUCCCCAACGCGACGAUGUUUUUGUGGAACUUAAUAGGACGCGUUAUGGGAUGUGGAAGGCUAUGACCAAGAGCCUCGAGAUACCCCAUUUCGGAUAUUCAACCACACUAGACAUCACCGCAUUGCACGACCUUCUUCCCGUUCUCAACUCACAUAUACCAUCUCACUACCUCCCGGAAUCCUCACGACCGAGCCCACUGGAAGCCGUCAAUCCCUCUUCUAUCUAUCAGGCCCCGGCACCCGGGCCGGUGCUAGACACCCAACAAUACAAGCGCCUCACCUACCUUCCAAUUCUCCUGAAAACACUUUCAAAAGCCAUGAUAGAGUGGCCACUCUUCCGAAGCUCCAUCACACCACAAACCGAUCCGUCUGCGAAGCCAACGCUGACCGUGCGGCCGAAUGCAGACAUCAGCAUCGCACUCUCGACGCCUACUGGACUCUAUACGCCCACAUUGCAAGGUGUGAACAACGAGUCGAUAUACUCGCUUUCCGCGCACCUGAAGCACCUGUCCUUCCUUGGGCGUCAGACGCCCUGCGCGUUGACACCAAAGGAGAUGCCAAAGCGUGGCGGUACGUUGACCGUGUCCAACGUUGGCGCGAUUGGUGCGGGAGACUUUGCCGCACCUUUACUCGUGCCGGGUGGGGGCGUAGCCAUCGUCGCCAUCGGGCGCUCCAAAUGGGUAUGGGAUGUCGAUAGAGGCGACGGUAGCGGUGAGCGUCGCCUCAAGCUCGGCGUGAGUUGGGCUGGCGAUCACCGCAUUGUUGAAGGCGCGGAGCUCGCCGCGUUCGUGGAGUGCUGGAGGUCAUAUGUCGAGGCGCCGCAGAGGCUCAUCGGCGAAGCGGUAUGA